UACAGCGUGCAGCGUGCUACAACGGAAAAUGGCAGCGGACAUGAGAACUGAUGACUACCCACAUGAGAUAGAUGAACAGCUCACAGGGUUCGACUCUUCAGCCUCUUCUGUCAAAACCAUGCUGGAGAAGCUGAUGUCCAUGCCCAGAAAUGACCUGACGCAAAAGUUGGAUCCUUUGGAUCAAGCCAAACUGGACCUGAUGUCUGCCUACACCCUCAAUUCAUUAUUCUGGAUGUACUUGGUCACACAAGGAAUAAAUCCCAGAGAACAUGGAAUCAAACAGGAAUUGGAGCGAAUCAGGACACACAUGAACAGAGUGAAAGAGAUUACAGACAAGAAGAAAGCUGCCCGUCUGGAUAAGGGGGCUGCAGCACGUUUUGUCAGGAAUGCCCUCUAUGAACCAGAUGAAAAGGAUCCUAAGAAAAAAGCAGCUUCCAAGAAAGCAGCAAACACACCUGACACCGGGCCAUCAAAGCGUCAAAAGCGGAGCUGAAGUGAAAGAGGCACGUUUGCUCAUAAGGCAACUUCUAAGGCUGUGUGACAGGGUAUCCUAUAAGACAACACAACUAAUAUCUUGUUAAUGUGGACAGCUCACCAGUCCUGAUCUUAUUCUGGAAUCAGAUCCUUGGUCACUCUUUUCCUGCAGCAGUCAGCAAAUGUUGCUGGAUGAACUAGAGACACACUGACAGCCAUCUAUGACGCAGCAUAGCUGGUUUGCUGACAUCAGCAGCUGGUCCAAAAUGUAAUAAACCCAUUUCUGUAAUAUUUUUGUAAUGUCAUUUUGGCAAUGAGUUGCUGCUUCAUUCUGUAGGGUCACAUAACUUAAAAACACUGUUUUAUUCAAAAAAUACAAAAACAAUUUAAUUUAGCCCAUCAGGUACUGGAAUGUGUCAUUUAAGAUAGUAUGAUUCUUUCUUUUAGAUAAAUGAGAAAUGUUCAUUUCUCAUUAUUUUGAAAGUGAUUCUGUGAAUCAUAAGAUGUUUUUUGCAGUACAUUUUUUUACAGGAAUGCCAUGUUUCAUGUGUUUUUGGUGACGUCUUACUCUUGAGAUUGAUUUCUGCAUAAAAAUACUUGGCAAUCA